AUGUCAAAUUCAGAGCUAUUUCACAUCAAAGAUGACAAAGAAGAGUGUAGCAACAACAAUUUGAAGGGUUUGAAGAGACCAAUAUCGUUGAUGUUUAAGGAAGAACAAAACAUAGUGUUGUCUAAGCAAAAACAAGAUUUAGAGGUAGACACAACAACAUCAUCAAGAGAAUUGGAAAAUGAAGAAGAUGAAGAUGAUGGAUUCAAAACUCCAACUCAUUUUGAUAAUAGAAUCCAAAUACCAAAGCAAUGUCCACUUGCACCAAGAAAAACUAAACCACAUAUGAAAAGAAGGAAAGCACAAUGCAAACAACUACUUGAUGUGUCAAGAGAAGUUGAAUUAUUGUUCCAAAUCAAGAACAAAACAUUUUCAAGUUCACAACAAAGUACCAAGAAAGCUCGAAGAAAAUAG